AUGGCUCCUGGAAGUGUUUCCAGUGUUUCCUCCUCCUCUUCUCCCUCCAGGGACACAUCACCCUCUGGAGUCUCUGAGCUCCCUAGGACUGACAAACAAGGUCUACAUCCCAGCAGAGUCCAAUUAGGCCAACGGAACCCAACGAUGCUCCGAAUGGUGCUGGAGGCUCUGCAGGCCAGGGAGAAGCGCCAGGGCACAUCAGUUGUAGCCAUCAAGGUCUAUAUCCAACAUAAGUACCCAACAGUGGAUACCAGCCGCUUCAAGUACCUGUUGAAGCAGGCCCUGGACACUGGCAUGCGUCGAGGCCUCCUUACCAGGCCUGCCAACUCCAAGGCCAAAGGAGCCACUGGCAGUUUCAAACUAGUUCCCAGGCCUAAGAAAAAGAGAACCUGUACCUCGAUAGCCCGAAGGAGAGCCACAGAUGCCAAGGAGACAGGCCCCAAGAAACCUAGGGAGCCGAAGACAGACCACACCAGCAAGGCCAAGGUGGAGAAGGUGGCUGUAAAACCAAGGCCGAGGAGGAAGGCUUGUCCCUGCCCAGCAGCCACCUUGGAGAAGGCACCUAAGAAAGCCAGCAAGGCAAAACUGGGAGAGGUCACAAAGGACCCCCUAAAACCAGACAAAGCCACACUGCCCCCACCUACUGCCAACAAGAUAGGCCAGAAUGUCAAACACAGUGGGAACAGGCAUGAGUCAGAGGCUCAUGGGAAAACCAAAGAUGUGUGGGAGAAAUCAGAGCCCUCGGUCUGCAAGGUCCCGAAGAGUGCUGCUUCCCUCACCAAAAGGAAGAUGACAGCCAUGGCCCACACUAAGACAGUUGUUCAGGGGGCUAGGAUGGUACAUAAGACCAAAGCACCUGUCCCUCCCCAGGACAUGGGACACAAAGCACAACCCACAUCCAGGGUCAGGAAAACAAAGAGCCCUGAGGACCCCAAAAGGCCUGGGUUACCCCCCAAGAUCUCAUCCAAGGCUCCCAGCAAGAAGGCUGAGCCUGGUAACUAG